AUGUGGAAGAGAAUUGACCAUCAGCUCAAGAUCAAAACCAGGGAUGGGCCUCAGGCAAGCCAGCUCAAGGAAUUGGGUCCAGCUCAGGAACUCACCAUGCCACACCCUCUAGCGCCGUCAGAAUUCCAGAGCUUCCCCGUGUUUGAGGACAUCAGUUAUCACAUCAAAGAAGCAGGGGCCCAGCUGGUAAAGAAAGUCAAUGCCAUCUUUCAGCUGGACAUCACCAAGAAUGGGAAGACCAUUCUGCAGUGGACCAUUGAUCUGAAGAAUGGCUCUGGGAACAUGUUUCCAGGACCCGCCAGGCUCCCAGUGGACACUGUCUUCACAAUCCCGGAGCCUGUCUUUAUGGAGCUGGUUUUGGGCAAAAUGAACCCUCAGAAGGCUUUCCUUGCUGGCAAGUUCAAAGUGAGCGGCAAAGUUCUCCUUGGCCAGAAGCUGCAGAGGGUUUUCAAAGACUGGGCUAAGCACUGA